UUUAAAGGCUUAAAUUGCAUCCAUGGCAGCAACUAAUUAGUUGGGAUCUGUUGACAAUGUUGCAGACAAGUGCUUCCUUAAAAUUCACUGUUUUGAACCCCAAAGGACGCAUCUGGACCAUGGUAGCUGGUGGUGGUGCAAGUGUUAUUUAUGCUGAUACUGUUGGAGACUUGGGUUAUGCAUCAGAACUUGGGAAUUAUGCAGAGUAUAGUGGUGCUCCUAAUUUCACUGAUGUUGCUGUUGCUUUUAAUGGAAUUAUUAGAGCACUAAGGGAGAAGGAAUCCAAGCUAAAAGCAGCAAGAAUGCAUAUUUAUGUGAGAAGGGGUGGUCCAAACUAUCAGACUGGUUUGGCAAAGAUGCGUGCCCUGGGUGAGGAACUAGGGGUUCCUCUGGAGGUAUGAGAUAAAAUCUCAGCUAUAUCUUUAUCACAUAUUACAAA